AGCCUCGGCCAGCUGCUGCUGCACACCUGCUGCUGCACACCUGCUGCACACCUGCUAUACACCUGCCUCACACCUGCUGCACACCUGCUGCACACUCAGACUGAAGAAAGUUGAUCUGCAGAAGAGAUGGCUGUAGUGAGUGGAACGUACCGCAUGGUGUCGGAGGAGGAGCAGGCUCUCCGGGCCAAACUGGAGCGUCUGACCGUCAAGGACCACGGGCCCGUGUUCGGACCCUGCGCUAGCGUCCCGGACCACACCCUGCAGAAGGCCAAGGACGAGCUGCAGGAGACGGAUGAGAAGCGCGUGUCGGCGGUGAAGGAGCUGCGCGGGCUGAUGAAGGAGAAGGCCGACGGGGGGGACGAGCUGGCCCAGGGGGUGAAGGACGCCUUCGGGGACAAACCCGACGCCCUGCUGGUCCGCUUCAUCCGGGCCCGGAAGUACGACGUGCCCCGGGCCUUCGACCUCAUGAAGGGGUACGUGCGGUUCCGGAGAGACUACCCGGAGCUGUUUGAGAACCUGACCCCGGAGGCGGUACGCAGCACCAUCGAGGCCGGAUACCCGGGAAUCCUACACAGCCGGGACAAGUACGGCCGCGUGGUGCUGCUGUUCAACAUCGAGAACUGGGACUACGAGGAGAUCACCUUCGACGAGAUCCUGAGGGCGUACUGCGUGAUCCUGGAGAAGCUGCUGGAGAACGAGGAGACGCAGAUCAACGGCUUCUGCAUCAUCGAGAACUUCAAGGGCUUCACCAUGCAGCAGGCGUCGGGAAUCAAACCCACGGAGCUGAAGAAGAUGGUGGACAUGCUGCAGGACUCGUUCCCGGCCCGGUUCAAGGCGGUCCACUUCAUCCACCAGCCCUGGUACUUCACCACCACCUACAACGUGGUGAAACCCCUGAUGAAGGGCAAGCUGCUGGAGAGGGUGUUUGUUCACGGAGACGAGAUGGAAAGUUAUUACAAGGAGUUCGACGCUGAAAUCCUUCCCUCCGAGUUCGACGGAAAAGGUUCCAAGUACGACGGCAAAGCCACGGCGGCCAAGCUGUUCGAUUAGACGUCCUGUUUCCCUGGCAACGAGGCUACACCUCCGUGUAAUCAGACCCUUUAGAGCGGUGUAGCUGUGUGGGUGUAGCUGUGUGGGUGUAGGUUUGAAUGAACGAGUGUGUGAGGAGUUCACAGAUGACGCGUCAUCAAUAAUAAUGUCCAGAAUGUACGAUAAAUGUACAAUAAACUGUAAAUAAACACAA